GAGCGUGGACGAGGAGGCGAGUCGGUGGAAAAUGACUGGAGGGAGGCACUUAUCAGGGGGUGAAAUGAUACAUUACUACCAUGAAUUGCGGUUUGUUUUUAUAAAAUUCGCAUUUUGUUUUCUUAAACGUUGACAGUUCAGCUCCGGGUGACACAUUGGAGGAUUUUCGAGGCUAUUUUAAGGCUGUUUUUAUUGGCGUUGGAGCGGUGCCCGACACACACCGUUAGGUCUUUUCCGCAGCCAGAAUGCCGCGAGACAACAAAACUCCUCUAAUCCAGAAAAUAGCAAAGCAAGCCUCCACCACCUUUAAAGGCUUAAAGUCUUCGGCCAAUGGAGAUAAUACACUCGCUGCAGACCAAGAGAGUGAACUACUCUCCUUAGUGACCGCGGUCAGGGCUGCUGACCUGAAAAUUGUUCCCCGGAAAACCAAGCCGAGCUCCGGGGCAGCGGGUCUCCAGAGCCCCCCGGUCGCCUACAUGCACAUCUGCGAGACGGAGGUGUUCAGCAUGGGGGUGUUCCUGUUGAAGAGCGGCGCCUCCAUACCGCUGCACGACCACCCGGGCAUGAACGGGAUGCUGAAGGUUCUCUAUGGGAAGGUGAGCGUCCGCUGUUUUGACAAGCUGGAGGACAACCUUACUCUCAGCACCGUCCCGCCUCAGUUCGAGCCUCCGCUGACUCCGGUGGAGACGUCCUCCCUGCGGCGCUCCGUGCUCCGCUCAGUCUGCGAGUACUCUGAGAACAGCGGGCCGUGCCUCCUUACUCCUCUGCGGGAUAACCUCCACCAGAUCGACACAGUGGACGGGCCGGUUGCUUUCCUGGAUAUCCUGGCACCUCCGUACAAUCCAGAUGACGGGCGGGACUGUCACUAUUACAAGGUCCUGCAAACUGUGGCAGAGGAGGAAACAGAUGGAAAGAGCAACGAGGAAGAGCAGGGAGAGGAGAAGGAGAAAGAAGAGGAGACGUGGCUGCUAGAAAUCCCUCAGCCAGAGGACUUCUGGUGUGGUGCGGAGCCUUACCCCGGCCCUGCAGUCUCCUUCUAAAUCAGUAUGUGAUCAGACGGUGAAAACAUAGUGAUAUCCAUCCAUCCAUCCAUCCAUCCACCCACAGGAAGGUCAAACAUGAGGAUCAUAUUAACCAAGAACUCAAAGGGAUUGGGUGCCUUGCUCAGGGAUGAUACAGCAGGGCAGUGGCUGAUAGAAACAGGACCUUACACAGAAUGAGGAACACUGAACUGCCUUCCACAAAUUGUCGAUAAUUUUGUCAUUACUGAGAAAAUAGUUGACCCGAGGAAUACGCAUUCCAAAUAUGGGAUUUUUCUCGGGACCAUUAUGUUGCCUUGUACACACAUGAAUGUCAUAAGCCAAACGUUCUGUGAAUGAUGCGAUAUUUUUCCUCUGUGAGCUUUGGAAAGCCUUUUACAUAUUAUUUUUUCACUCUGCUGAAGAGGAUUUCCAUAGUGGUGACGUGUCUUAUUGCCGAACCUGUGACUCCAGACGUACCUGCCUUAUUUGUGAAUACAGAAUGUAUGCUUAUUAAGAGUGCCAUUUCUAUUUUACACACAUAUUUCUUCUUCCAAAGUGCACACACUACAUUAUAUAUACUUUAUAUUUUAGUUUACGUGUUUAACUUAUUCCAGAGCUGGUUCCUUCACAGGCCUGGUCAGUUGAUGUUGAGGUUAGGGAUGCAUGAUAUUAAGGGUUUCUCCAUUAUUUGAUUCAAUUUUCUUAAGGCAGACUUUAGAGUACUGAUUUACAAGAAUCAUCAUUAUUACAAGGAGGUUAUUAGUUUUAUGCCCUGACUGAUUUGCCCCCCCAAAAAAUAUAAAAUUUCACCAAUCCUGCUUUUGAUUUUGAUAAUAGAAAUAUCAAUCGAUUUUUGGUUCAGAACUAAAAUCGGGACACCCCUACAUAAUAUACAUCUAUACAGUUGAAUUACUCAGCAGACAAUUGGAAAUGUAUAGGUAUUAGUCAAAUAAUUAAUUAUGUGCUGGUAAUACAAAGCAUCAACACUCCGAUACAGCUGUGGCAAUAUGCACCUUUAUAGUUGGUUUGCAAUAUGCUCAUAAACAGAUAAGAGUGGAUGAGUAUUUAAUACAUUAACAUAUUUUGUCAAAGUUAUUAAUUUGAAUUUUUUGGUAAAUUAUGUUUGAAGUUUUUUGAUUUGCCUUGGUUUAGGUCUUAUGAAAACUAGUAAUUGUCAGUUAUAUGUAUCAAAUUAAAAAAAAACAUAUUGUGCAUCCCUAGCUGAGCUUCUACUACAUAUUUGAUAUUUUGUGAUGUAUUGUACUGUCAUUUCACCUGCAGUAAGUUAAUCCACAGUAGGGAUGGGCCUGAGUACUUGAUUUGGAUGUCAGAAUUCAUUCAUUUCGACUACUCGCAUUGAAACUGUCACUAUUUUACUACGAUGUGCUGCUAAGACAAGUAGCUCAUUCCAGCCCACAAGCUAAUGUGCACAGUAACAUAACAGCAACACACUCAAAGUUAUUUUUAUUAUGAUGAUUUUGACCAUAUGUGGGGCCACCCCACAAUCGAUUUUGCCAAACAUGCUAGCUGCUUUAGCUGUAUGUGUAGUGGUAAGUUAGCAAAAUGGCAUGGCAGCAUUAGCUAAUGUUACUUGCAGCCCUUUCUUUAGAUUGAAUUGGCAAAACAUGUAAAAAAAAAAAAAACGUGACUAAAUGUAACAUGAACUAUCUAUAAUACUGUAAGCUUUAUUGUUGUAAACUAAAGCACAACUCGUAGCUACACUACAUUAACUCAUCUGUGAACAUUAUUUCUGACUGAGUCACAUCACAUCAGCAGUGGUGGUUGUUUACCAAUAAACACAACAACUCCCAUUUCCCACGAUACUUCACAACGUCAUCAAACACAAAUUUCAAACCAAAUGAAUUCUUCUUGUGAGAGCUCUGAUAUGGAAAUGGCCAAAACGCCCAUCCCUAAUCCAGAGUGAAAUGGCCUGAAGAUGCCUCAUAUUUAAGACAUAGUCUAUAAAUAUUCUAAAACUGAAGCUGUGUUAGAGAACUUUUCGUGGUAUAAAGCCAGCACCCUUACACUUUCUUUACUACCUUUUACACGUAUCUUGAUAAACACUAUAUCAUUCCAGUCUGUAUUCUACAUUACUCUAGCUUUGCAGACAAACAGACCUUUGGCCGGUAGUAGACUUCACAUAGUUCUAUGUGACAAUGCUUCUGUUACUCUGAUGUUGAAUGUAUGUGGAACAACAAAAUAAAUUGGAAUAAUCAUGGAAUAUUCAAA